GGUAGGCCCCUCUCGUCCCUCAAGGGCUAAGCUCCGCACGCCUAGAUGUCGUGGCAAUCGCCUGGCUGCCCGGAGUCGGCGGUGCUGGCCAGAUGCCGAGGAUACAUGCUGUUUGCGCGAAUGCGCAGUUGCAGGCAUCAUUCGGCAUCCUCCAGGCAGACAUAACACCAUCUGCGCUCAUGACCGUCGCUCGCAAACCUUCGGCCGCCAUUGCCACGCACACCGUGUCUUGCUCAUAUGCUCAUAACAAACGGACGAAACUUGUAUUUUGAGCUUUUGCGCUAUGGAUCCUGUAAUUUUUAGCGAAGUUUCGUACGGGCCUGCUCCGCUGCCGAAACUCAGAACUGCGCAAGAAUGCCCCCGACGAGACUCUCUGAGUUCGUCCAGGACUCAGGACUCGGGAUACAUUAGUGACGCAGAACUCUCACUGUCACCGCUUGACUUUGUCAGCCCAAACAUACCCCAUACGUCCUCUGACUUCACCUGUGACUCUUCGGCAUUGUUUGAUGUAAAAGAAAUCGCAUGUUCCAGAACGAAAAGAUUAGCUGCCACGCCACUGAACCCCGUCCAGGCGAAGAAACACAAGAUCAUACAGGAAGUAGCUUCAACCCCCAGAAUCAAGGUCACAAGUAAUCCGACGCCUGUUGAGACUUCCGUUAACACAACCGACGACCCCUGCACAGUAGACGCCAAACAGUCAGCGAGAGAUCCCUCACGAAACGACAACAUCGAGCUUCGGGCCAAGGACAAUCUCCGUCCAAACGAACAACCUAAAGAGAGAAAUCAUUCAAUAGUAUCUUUGGACUCUACCGGAAGUUGCGACAUGUACUCCAACACCGACGACAACAGUGACGAUGAACACGGGACCACUGCCGUACCUGGCACGCUUUCAAAGGCGGCACUUAAAACGAUCGAACUCAUCCUAAGGAAGGUCGAAGUUAACCUUGGCCACGCGGCAUACAUGCAGUGUGCUGGAGGUCACGCUUCUCGGACACCAGGCGGCGCCAAUGUAUCACGUGGCAGCCGUUCCUCUCAAGCGUCCAGCGGGAAGCGCAAAGCACGCGCCUCAGAUGAAAGUCUUCCACCCGAUGACCCGGACGAAGACGACGCUAAGAAACGCCGUGUAUCAGUCACGACCACGACUGAAGACUCAGAGACCGGGCCCCGAUUCGCUUGUCCGUUCUUCAAGCAUGACCCCAAUCGCUACCGAUCAAAGCGAACAUGCGGAGGUCCGGGAUGGCCAACUGUCCAUCGGAUGAAGGAGCAUCUUUACCGCUCCCAUGCGCAGCCUAUCUUCUGUCCACGUUGUUACACGAUGUUCGACUCAGAUUCGGACUUUGCCGUUCACCUACGCGGCAACCCUUGUCAAGUUUCUGCACCACAGCCUAUCGAGGGUGUGGAUCGAAGGACCGUUGAGAGUCUGAAAAGGAGAUCUCCGGCAUUAAGAUUGGAAGAGGACAAAUGGAGAGAUGCCUAUCAACUCCUUUUCCCCGAAGUAGCAGUCGCCGAUAUCCCCUCGCCAUACUACGACAGCGACUCACCCACCGAAGAAUCGCGCCGUUUCCGCCGCGAACUCCUCGAGCGCGUCCGACAGGAGCUCUUCGCGACAGCUGAACGUGAGCCUGGGCCCGUCGAGCAAAGACUACUCCGGCAGGUCGCUGGGAUCAUCCGCAGAUGCGAAAGCGAUCUCUUAGAGUCGUUAUACGCGCCGCCUGGCACACAGCCAUCGUCACAGCCACCAUCUCCACGCGCGUCCGCCAUGGCUGGAUUCGUGUACCACAGUCCUUCCCAGACUACCCCUCAAUCCCAGCCUGGCUUCAGCGCUGGUCUUGGUCAGCUGACCGCCAUUCCAGGGCCGCAGACGGGCCCAGCGAGCCCACGCGGUAAUGUCAAUGACCCAGGGGCUCCGGUACCGCUAGGCGGGUGGAACGACCCGAACAUCUUCUCGUCGAGCGAUUGGAUCGAUUGGAAUAUUCCGUUUCCUCCUGGGCCGGACAUGCAGGGCACGGAGCGUGAAGACGCGUUUAUGGCACUGAGUGCGCCUGUGUGGACUCGAUGAUAUGAUGGAAAUAAAUAUGUUGUCUCCGAGUGACUGGACUAUCCCGGGGUACCUUAAUAUUCGAUACCUACAUGUCAAAUCGGCAUGUUGGCUGUUUAC